CUCUGGUUAGUGGUAUGAGGGAAGGAAGAGAAGGACACCAGCUCUGCUGUCAGUCACUGUUCACCUCUCUAACACCAGUAGGUCCCUACAACACUCAACUGGGCCAAGGAGCUGUCCUGUCACUGGGCGGAGCUAGACCCAGAAAGAAGGAGGGGGGUUUGCUGAGGUGUGUGGGGGUGUGAGAAAGGAAGGUGGAGAAGGAGAAGGAGGGGGGCACUCUACUUUCUUGGACAAGUCUUUCUGUCCCACUGUCAAGUAGUUGAGAAUUUGUUGGCCUAAAGAACUAGCAGACAUGGACAUGGCAGACUACAGCGAAGCUCUGGACCCAGCCUAUACCACGCUGGAGUUCGAAAACAUGCAAGUGCUCCCCUUGGGUGCAGACUCCUCACCAGCUGAAAGCGCUAACAUGAACGCCGCGAGCCACCUGGCUGCAGGCAGUUUGUGUGCCAUAUGUGGAGACAGAGCCACAGGUAAACACUACGGUGCCUCCAGCUGUGAUGGCUGCAAGGGCUUCUUCAGACGCAGCGUCCGGAAAAACCACAUGUAUUCAUGCAGGUUUAACAGACAAUGCAUUGUGGACAAAGACAAGAGAAAUCAAUGCAGGUAUUGCCGACUGAAGAAGUGCUUCAGAGCUGGCAUGAAGAAAGAAGCUGUACAGAAUGAACGAGACAGAAUCAGCACCAGGAGAUCCAGCUAUGAAGACAGCAGUUUACCAUCCAUCAACGCACUCAUCCAGGCAGACGUGCUGUCAAGACAGAUCACAUCCCCUGCUCCUAUACUGAAUGGUGACAUACGGACUAAAAAGAUCGCCACCAUCACAGAUGUGUGUGAGUCCAUGAAACAGCAGCUGUUGGUCUUAGUGGAGUGGGCCAAGUACAUCCCAGCCUUCUGUGACCUGCCCUUGGAUGACCAGGUGGCAUUGCUCCGAGCUCAUGCAGGAGAACAUCUCCUUCUCGGUGCUGCAAAGAGGUCCAUGCUUUACAAAGACAUCCUCUUAUUAGGAAAUGACCACAUCAUUCCCAGAAACUGCCCAGAGUUGGAGGUGGGCAGAGUAGCAGUGAGAAUCCUGGAUGAGCUGGUGCUUCCCUUCCAAGAGCUUCAGAUAGAUGACAAUGAAUAUGCCUGCUUAAAAGCCAUAGUUUUCUUUGACCCAGAUGCUAAAGGUCUGAGUGACCCUGGAAAGAUCAAGCGGAUGCGAUACCAGGUCCAGGUGAGCUUGGAGGACUACAUCAACGACAGGCAAUAUGACUCUCGAGGCCGUUUUGGAGAGCUUCUCCUGCUCCUGCCGACACUACAGAGCAUCACUUGGCAAAUGAUUGAACAGAUCCAGUUUGUGAAACUCUUCGGCAUGGCCAAGAUUGACAAUCUGCUUCAAGAAAUGCUUCUUGGAGGUUCUGCUAAUGAAGCACCACAUGCACCUCACUCUCUGCAUCCUCACCUGGUUCAGGAGCACCUCAGCACCAAUGUUAUAGUGACCAGCAAUAUGCCAACGCCAAUCCAUAAUGGUCAAAUUUCCACUCCUGAAACCCCAAUUCCAUCUCCACCUGCUGCCUCCAGCUCAGAACAUUAUAAAAUGGUUCAGGGGGUCAUAGCCACUGUUCCCAAGCAGCCAACCUCCAUCCCUCAACCAACUAUUACAAAACAGGAGGCCAUUUAACAACCCCUUAAAUCUUUAUUCCUUCAGUUUUUUUCUAAUUAAACCAGGGUCUUUACAUGUAUGUUUAUACACAAUCAGCAUUGAAGCUGUUAACUUGACUGGAACCCUAAAGUAGCUGAAUACUGUAUAUAUAUCUAUAAUAAAAAUCUGCAGGUGUGGUCUUUACAGAUUGAUAGCCUGAGUUUUCAGGCAUCACUUUGUACAUGUAUGCAGCUGCAGCUGAGCGUCAUGGCUCAGUGAAGGCCAGAUAAAACCAUAAGCAUUGUAAUCUUCUAGGCUCACUGCCUUUCGGUAAGACUGACACUUAGAAGUACACUGCUGUAUAUAUUAUAGCUCAUUAUUGGGUAACUUCAAUUCCAUUGUGUCCUAUGCAUGUCCUCAGUGUGUGCAGUAAGGCUUAUGUUAGAAAUGGCAAAGUAAUCAUGUCAGUAUUUCAUGAAUGUUACAACAGGCCUUACACUGUCAUAUAUUUAGUGUUUAACUUUUUAUUUUUUUUUUUUUCAUCUUUCUUAAGAAUAAAAUGAACUCAGAAAAAAAACCUAAAGAAAAUUCCUCUAAAGAGUUCGGCUUUGCCUUCGAGUUGCUCUCAAAUAUUUUGUGGCAAAACUAAAAUAUAUGGGGUUUGUUUUAUACACUAGGAUAUGCAUAUUUACAGGAGUGAAUUUUAAAGUUUUAAAAUUUACUCCAGUAUAACCAAGCUUGGCAGGCUGUAUACGGUUAUCUACACAGAGACUUUUAGAAAGUCACAGGCAGACAUGCUAAAGAAGUUUCCCAAUAAUAUGUUGUGUUGGGUUUUAAAAAUAUAUUGUAUGUUUUUUUUUUGUUUGUUUGUUUGUUUUGUUUUGUUUAGUACUUUGUCAUGGUUUAACUGAUGGAAUAAAUUGUGCCUUUUAACCUGUACUGCCUUACAAAACCAGGUAAUGUUUUGCCUUACAAUGUGAAGUUGAGUUAAUAAAUCUUACAGUUUAUUUUUA